AUGAAAACUCUGAUCCUAGUUGCCCUACACGAGGAAACUUCACUUCAUGCGCCGUCAAAACUCCUGUAUCGUAACCUGGCGAUAACUGAUCUCUGUGUUAGUAUCGUUGCUGACCCUUUGCCUGUGACUUAUUGGACUUCUGUUGUGAAAGAAAGAUGGGAUAUUUGCUAUUACGCUUAUUUGGCAGAAAUCCUUUCAGGUUUACCUUAUGUUCAGUGUCUUUAUUAACAUUGAUUGUAGCCUGCGUAGCAGGCGUCGAAAGGGGUAGGGGAUAGGGAUAAAGGGAAAAAGGGAGGGGGAUUGGAUCCCUUUUCUCUUUCUCACUCCCCCUCCCCCCUCCCCUUUUUGCGCCUGCCACGCAGGCUACAUUGACUGCAAUAAGCGUGGACAGACUUCUUGCCUUGUUGCUAGGGCUCAGAUACAGACAAAUUGUAACCUUGAAAAGAACGUUUAUAACUGCAUUUGGGUUUUGAAUUUUGUCUGUAGUGGGUUCGUCUUGUUAUUCGCUUAUAAUAAAGCCGAAAAUUGCGCUCAAGCAAUUUAGCAUGUGUGGGCGGAUUGAUUAGACUCCCUCGGUCUUAAAAGUAGCGCGUGGGAACAACUGAUACAAGAUCAAUUAAUACACGUGUCAUAUUAUCCAGCCCAAUUAAAGUGGUUUUCUAUCUAUUUGAAGCUUUUAGUUAAAACCAAACAAAGAGAUCACCUGCUUUGCUUUUGGUUAACAGUGCAAUAUCUCAGGAAAACAGGAAGAACUAAGAAUGAAGUUACCAUGCGCUUAGAUAAUUAGUUUACACAAUAUAGAUGCUGUGGGGAAAUGCUGAUGUUAGUAAUUUGUACAGCGCGUACUUACGAGUAGUUACAGGACAGUGAAAUGGCAGUCAGUAGACAAAUUUAAUAUACCCUACUACUAGCCAAGGUUUCUUUCCGGUAUGGUUUUAAGCGUUUACGAAGUUUUUUUACUUUUUGCCUCCCAUAACAGACACGAAAAUUAAAACCGUUGUUGCUAUCACUGAUUAUACCCUUUUACAGCCAUCUGACGACAAGUUGGUUAUUAACACUUAUAACGCUCGCCUGGGAAAAUGGUGAUUGCUCAAGCUUGUAAACUUCGCAGCUUGUGUUCUCUCAUCAGUUAUUAACUUGUUAUGCCAAAUUAAUCAGUACAAUGUAAAUUGCUGAACGUCGAGCUUGCAAUGGACAGGCAACAUAAAAUGUCAUUAAAACGUCGAGUUUUAAAGGCUACAUCAUUGAUCUAUAGGUUAGCUUUCUGAUUCCCCCCCUCCUCCCCCCCCACCUCCCGCACCGUCUGACCCGACAAAGCAUCAUGGAGCCUUAGGUUACUAGUGGUAAACACCAGUGUGCGAAUCAUAUAACUUUCCACCCGAAUAAAUUAAGCGAUGAAUAAAUAAAGCCUUCACUUGCCUCUCAUUGCAACUCAGAGAAGUACUAUGGCACAGACAAACUUUACUGACGAUGAAAACCAGAAAACAUUCAUAGAACUGUGGUGCUCCGCGGAAUUUAUCAGAGGUGUAGAUGGCGAGCUUCUCUUCAUUUCAGCUCUAAAUAUUUUUCUUUCCAUUACUGCAUUUCUGGGGAACACUCUGAUCCUAGUUGCCCUACACAAGGAAACCUCACUUUAUCCGCCGUCCAAACUCCUGUAUCGUAACCUAGCGAUAACUGAUCUCUGUGUUGGUAUCAUUGUGGAGCCUUUGUAUGUGGCUUAUUGGACUUCUGUUGUCAACAAAAGAUGGAAUAUUUGCCAUUACACAAGUUUGGCAACGGGUUUCUGGGCCUCUACUUUGUGUGCAGUGUCUUUAUUAACUUCGACCGCAAUAAGUGUGGACAGACUUCUCGCCUUAUUGCUGGGGCUCAGAUACAGACAAGUUGUAACUUUGAGAAGAACAUGUAUAAUCGCGUUUGGUUUCUGGUUUUUGUCCAUCGUUGUUUCAUCUACUUUUACAGUUUGGAAUAUUCUUAUACUUCUUUCGUGUCAGAACAUAGGUACAGCUUUGUGUUUAGUCACCACAGCCUUCGCUUACACAAAAAUUUUCUGUACUCUGCGUCAUAAUCAAAUACAUGUUCAGAACCAUUUUUCUCCUCGACAACCUAACCAAGAAAUUCCACUGAACAUAGCUCGAUACAGAAAGGCAGUGUACAGUGCACUGUGGGUGCAGGGAACAUUGGUUGUUUGUUAUCUGCCGCUUAACAUCGUGUACGCGUACGCUUUGACAACUCAAAGAGGCUUUUCCUUAUCUGUUUACCUUGCAUGGCAUUUUACCUCUACACUAGUGUUCUUAAACUCGUCAUUAAACCCUUUGUUGUACUGUUGGAAGAUCAGAGAAGUAAGGCAAGCGGUUAAAGAAACAUUAAGGCAAAUAUUCUGUUGUUCGAGUCAGUAG